GAUUGUUAGUGGCUUAUCGCUGAAUUGCGAGGCUAAGCCGAGUACUAAAAUGCAAGAUGUAGCAGAUUCGGAGAGCAUUGAUGCCGAUGCUAACUUCCGCAAAAGCUAUGCCCAGCGAAUGCUGUCCUACAUGAAUCAGAAUGUGAACCCUUGCGACGAUUUCUAUGAGUAUGCCUGCGGUAAUUGGAAAAACGUGAAAACAGAUUUGGACGGGCCUAAGAGGCGUGGCAAUUGGCACGACAUUUUCCAAUUACUUGGUGAUAUCGAAGAGAAACUAUUAUACAAACCGUCUGACGAAAGCAGCGAACCGAAAUAUUAUCAGGAGCUAGUGAUUGCUCAGCAGUUCCACAAUGCCUGUCUCAAAGCCGAUCUCUAUCCGAUGAAGGCAGCUGAUCCGGCAUAUCUGGACCUCAUCAAGUCAAUCGGUGGUUUUCCAGCCGUAGACUCCACGUGGGAGCCCGCGAACUUCAGUUGGUUCAACAUGAGCGCUCACUUGACAAAGUAUGGGGCAAAGGGUCUGAUAUUUGAGAAGAUAUUGCCCCAGUACCCAUUCGAACCGUACUUCAAGCUGCCGCAACUGGGUUUUGACUGUACAGUCAAUAGGGAUAACAUCGCUACCAACACUAGUCGUUGCCAUAAGCUAAAUGAGGAGCGCAUGACCGGAUAUCUGAGCACUUAUGGUCUCAAGCCCGAGCAGAUGUCUGAUGUUAUUAAUGGAAUUUUUGCAUUCUGGCGUGACGUGCUGGAAAUUGUUGAUCAAUUUGACGCAGAUGACGAUAAAUGUGAUGUUCUAUCAAAAAUAUAUAGCGUUGAGCGCUUUUCGCAAUGGCCCAGUUACAAUGAGAUUUCCUGGCAGGGCAAGGGCUUUGACGGACCUCGCUACUGUGACUUCUACUAUGUAGAGCUGGAAAAGGUGUGCGAGAAAGACAAAUCUGCAGUAGCGAACUACUUGGCCAUGAAGCUGCUCUACCACAUGGAUGCUGAGCUAAAGGAUGCCAAAUAUCAAAGAGACUACUGCAUUAUUACAAUGCAUGAAUCGUUUCCAAUACUAUUGGGUCAGUUGUAUCUUGAGGAAUACUUUUCCGUUGAGACCCAUGAUGAUAUCGCCAGCAUUAUAAGCGUAUUACGGAAGAGUCAACGACAAAUGCUAGAAGAUGCUGAGUGGCUGGAUGAGGAUACGCGCAAGGAGGCACUGUUGAAGGAGUCUAAAUUACAGUUGCGCAUAGGAGGCCUAAAGGAUCCAGAUCUAGUUGGCCGGCUUAUUCACAAAAUGAACACAUUAUCCUUUGUGCCUGAAAGCUAUGCUCAGAGCAACAUCAACUUGAAAUACUUCAACACAUAUAUGAAUCGUUACGGAGCACAUCAUCUAGACGAGCUGCCAAAGAAAACAAAACCUUUUCAAAUGCUAAUGGCAACGAUAACAAAUGCCUUCUACUUUCCCCUAGAGAACUCGGUCAAUGUUAUGGCGGGAUUAUUUUAUCCGCCUGCCUACCACAAGGCCUGGCCGAAUUCUCUUAAAUUUGGCACAAUCGGAUUUAUUGUGGGUCAUGAGCUAUCGCAUGCGUACGAUCCAAUGGGAGCUAUGUUUGAUAGUAAUAAUGAAAUUCGCGAUUGGUGGUCCAGUGAUACAGCAAUGGCCUUUAAGAGUCGUGGAAGAUGUUAUGUAAAGCAUUACAAUGACUACUGGAUGCCGGAAAUCAAUCGCACAGUCAAUGGCAUCAACACGAAAGACGAAAACAUAGCCGACAGUGCCGCUUUAUAUCAAGUAUUUAAUGCGUAUCGCAUCUAUAUAACACAACUGAAGGAAACUGAUGAGAAAUAUUCGAUGAGAGAUGAGCAAAUGCCCGGUUUGGAUCUUUUGCCGGAACAGCUUUUCUAUCUGGGAUUUUCGCAGCUAUGGUGUUCCGCUUUUGAGGAGGAACAUUACUGGAAAGACCUGAAUUCCGCACACACCAUUCACAAGUAUCGUGUACUUGGAACUCUUAAGAAUAAUGACAAUUUUGCGCAAACUUUCAAUUGUUCCUUGGGCAGUCCCAUGAAUCCACAUAAAGAUAAGUGUCGUUUAUGGUAAUGCAAGUUUUAAAAUAAAUAUGCAAAUUUUCACACAAUUAAUUGUAAUGACUAGCGUAAUAAUUUAAAAGUAACCUGAACUUGUAACGCUAGGA